GUGCUAACCAUAGACUGUAUGCUAACGGGUGCUAAUCGUUCUCGUGAUACAUUCCUGGUGCUAAAGAUCCUUUAUCUCUGAUGGUGCUACACGCAUGGGGAAAACGUAUACAAAACAAAUUAUGCGAAUGUUAAUAAUGUAGUUGUUCCUUUUAAAAGGCGUUAAAUCUGUGUUGACAUCUUUGUUUCAAGACGCUGACUUGGGCACGGUGACAUGCUGUCAAAAUAAAAACAAGCUGCAGAUCCAACCAUGCCGCUCCAGUUUGUGUAUAGCACCCGGGACUUUGUCAGAGAUGUGCAUCGGAGCAGUGGAAACAGACUUGGGAUUGCAUCACUGCCAGCAAAGUUUGACACGACCAUCCAUGCCGGCUGGACAGACAGAAUGAACAGGGGACUCUUCCGCUACCAUCUGGGUGAUUUACAAACGCGUAUCCUGGCGGGCCCGCAUGGCUAUGUGGCCCAGCUAAAUAUUCAAAGAGGAAUAGAGAGAAGAAAGCCUCAGGAGAUACUUAGCAUCCAACAGGAGUUCAAUGCCAAGCAGUUUAAUUUUAACAAAAUCAAUCCAGAAGAAAUCAUUUUUGAGAUGAUAAAGGACGUUGAGGGAGGCAAAGAAAAGGGACAGUUGCAUGAACCCUGCAGAAUGGUUGUGCUGGUCAACGUCAGCCCUUUGGAGUGCGGACAUUGUCUCUUUGUUCCAGAUCCUUUACGCUGUUUGCCACAGGUCCUGACAAGCUUCACCAUUCAGGUUGGUAUUGAAUCUGUGCUCCUGAGCUCCGAUCCUGGCUUCCGUGUGGGGUUCAAUAGUCUUGGAGCAUUUGCGUCCGUCAAUCAUUUACACCUACAUGGGUAUUACCUGGAUCAUGAGCUCAAGAUAGAAUCUAUGCCAGUGAAGCCUCUGGUUCCUGAAAAGGGGUUUUAUCGCUUGUUGGACUUUCCUGCAGGCUUUUUGUUUUACACAGAAUCAGAGCGGGUGGAGAAAGUUGCCGGAGCCAUCUGUCAAGUCACAGACUUUCUGGUGGACGCUAAUAUUGCUCACAACCUGUUCUUGACUAGAGGAUGUCCGCCCUGUGAUCGCACACAGAACCAAAAGGACCACUGUUCAAGAAAAGGUGUUCGUAUUGCUGUAUGGCCCAGAGCCUCAUGCUUCGGUGCCAAGGAGGAAUCUGCCUUCAAUGUUGCUCUCUGUGAGCUGGCUGGACAUUUACCAUUUAAGAACAAGGAGGACUAUGAGCUCACAACUGAGAAAGAUGUAAUAGAUGUCAUCCAGAGGUAUCUUCUGCCUGAUGCACAGUUUCAAACGUUGGAACAGCAGCUUACUCGUCAUUUGAUGGAUGUAUAAUGUAUGGACGUUAAAGCCUUUUUACAUCCUGUGCUGGAGAUCAAAUGAACUAGGUCAGAAGCUUCAGAAUCUGUCCUUAAUAUAACAUUGGAUGUGCACAAUACCUUCUUAUAUAUUUUUAGAAUAUAUAUUUAAUGGACUAAUGGAUGUGCUGUAUUAAAACUGAUUUCAAAUAAAAUGCCAUAAGCAUUUUAUCUUAACAUGUUUUUGUGAUUCAUUUAAUAAGUUGUGUAUAUGAAGCAAGUCAUUCCAACAGAAUUUGGCUUGUCAAAGCAGGUGUGAUCAAUAACAUAAUUAAUGGCUGCAUUCCGGUGUUCCACCUUUUAAGAGGUUUGGCUGUUCAUGCUGGCUUGCUGGCGUCGUUAAUGUUAUUCGUUACACCUGUGCUUUCUCUGUUUUACAUUUGUCCGAGGAUAACCCCGUUGACUUGGAGUUGAGUCUAAAGCUGCAUUUCAUUAAUGUUUCAACAUGCCCUCCUUCACUUCCCCUCAGCCCUUGCUAUGAUGUCAUAGCAUACGUCGCACCUAGGCCUCUUGGAGAGCAGAGAGGAAUUGGGCGGGGCAGGAGUUAAAUGGAACACACCUGCCCUUGUUCACUUUAAGCAAAAACUAUACGGAUCGACUGACAGUUGUAGGCUUAGCGCUACAGUUUCAAGUGCGUUUAAAUAUCCAUCUUAUUUUCUAUUAAUUAUCGCAUUCUAUCCCCGUUUUUAUGUCCAUUCUAUGUUUGCUUAUGUCUUACAAUUUCCUUAUAGUGAAGUAUUGUAUGAAAGGCACUAUACAAAUAUAAAUACCUGCAGACUCAUUUCAAUGAGGCUUGGUAAUCCGUAGGGGUGGGAAUCUCUUGGCACCUCCCGAUUCAAUUC